AGUCGGAAGUCGUAUAUAAGAAAAGUUGCGCGAACUGAAGUGGACGAUAGUUCACCUUUCCGUUCUUGACAGUGACACACGUCUGCCGAUCGAUUGCGAUAUGCCUAUAUGCCUGCCUAUAAUAGAUAGCAGCGCACCUGACUCGACACUUAAGCCAUGCACGAUCGCCAUUAACAGUUCGCGACUUGAAACAUCCACACGCUUAUACAGUGCGAGGAAGUACAGCAACGAUCGGGAAUAAAUAACCAAGUGCAACAGCGGAUUUAUAUUGUCGUCGGAAACAGCAAGGACAAUACUAAACUCUCCAAUUAUGGCCGCAACGCAUCUCGACGUCGGUCUACGAUGUAUCAAGUACCUGCUUUGUGCAGUAAACGCACUUUUCGUGCUAACAGGGGUGAUGAUCAUCUCGAUUGCCACAACGAUUUAUGCCGUUUACGAAGACUUUUCGCACUUCCUUGAUCCGACUUACUUCUCACCGGCAACUCUUCUCAUGGUCGUCGGUGUGUUGAUCUUCGUCAUUGCCUUCAUGGGAUGCUGCGGUGCGCUCAAAGAGAGCACUUGCAUGGUCUUAGUGUUUGCAGUGUCGAUGUCUUUGGUGCUGAUAUUGGAAGCGUCCGCUGCGGUAGCUGCUUACUUUUUACAAGAUGGAGUGAAAGAUGUGCUUUCAGACUUAAUUGACUCCAACAUACAGCAGUACGAGAACAACCAGGAGGCUGCUUUCGCCGUCAACUUCUUGCAGUCGAAGCUUCAUUGCUGCGGAUACGAAAGUUACAAAGACUGGGAUGGAGUGCUUGCAACCGACGAGAACGACAUGGGGGUACCAAAUUCCUGUUGCUCGUGGUACACCGCAGCUGAUGAUUACUACAACGUGACUAUGUGCGCCAGCGUUUACGAGGAAGGCUGCAUAAGCCGCAUGGCUGUGAUUAUUCACAGGAGUGCAUUGUACUUGGGUACCGGUGCGAUCGCAAUCGCUAUGAUUCAGAUGACGGGAAUAAUGUUCGCCUGCAUGCUUGGUCGCUCGAUCCGAAGACAGAAGGUGGAGAUAGAGAGACGUCGUUGGGAAGUACGCGAGAGUUUGGUGAACGGUUACCAGCAAAUUGGAAAGGCAGAUCCGGCCUCUACCUUCCCUGUAAUUUACAUGAAAUCCCCAGAUUUCCCCCUGAAACACCCUUACGAUAAUGCCAAUGCUUAGUCGGCGCGUUAUUUUUUAUCGCCAAAAUUAUGUUUAUCAACUUCGACACUUAUAUAGAGCAAAUAUAAUAAAUUACACCUUUAUCCAGUCACUCUGAAGCUGCAAAUUAAUAUUCAAUGCACGAUGCAGAUCAAUUCAAUAACGGAUUUGCAUUGAAAACAAAAGAGAGAUGUAUAUGUAAAAUGUGAAUGGGAUGCAGGUGAGCAAAAAGAAACAAUAUUUUCAAAAUUCAAACUUUUCGUGUUUUAGGUAUAUUUUCUAUUUUUUAGAGAAUAUAAUAUGUGUAUCUAGAUUUAAGGGGGAUUCAAAGCUUCGUGUCACAGGUACGAUUUGCGAUCCGAAAUUCAAAUGCUGAUACUUUUUGGUUUAGUUAGUUUAGUCUUGUUGAAAAACUAAGAAAAAAAAAAUUAAACAUUCAAGAAAUCCGCAUUCUCUGAACAUUUGACGUAUCGGCACAGCUAAAAAGGAAGUCACUGCUCUACUUUAACUUACAGCAGAAUUUUUCUCCUCCACAAGGCAACAAUCGUAACAUCCAGUUACACAUGUACUUGUGCAAUUUUUAUAUAACUUUGUAAAUACGAGCAAAAUUAUUUACGUUACGUCGAUUUCACCAUAGUAGAAACAAUAUCCGUAAUUUUAGCGCUAACGAGGUGCAAUUACUAUUGAGAAAGGCUAGGUGUAGCGUUUAAGUUGACUUUAUAAAUAACAGAUAUUAAAAGAGUAUAUAUGUGUGUAUAUAUACACAGAGGUAUAAAGAAACAUUUAUUGCAUUAUUGAUACUAAUGUUUAAAACGGGUUUGCAAAUUUAUGAAUGUGAUUUACCCGACAAUUUAUAAAUAUAACUGAUAUUUAUACUAUGAUAUACAUGUAUGUAUACAAAAUAUUGUAAAAAAAUUAGAAUAAAUUGUAAUUACACCGAUA